AUGACAAGCCCACAAAGAAGUAUAUUAGCCAUCCCAGUAAAUCUACUUAAGAAAUGUCCUCAAAGAACAAUAAUGGAUCUAAUGGAAAUUGUUAACAAUGGUUACGAUAAGCAAGUUGUCAAAUAUGGUAUUGUUCAAACACCAAGAAUUCAUGAAGUCAAUACAUUUUUUGGAGAUCUUGGAUUAGAUAUUGAUGAUUGCAUCAUGUAUAUUAUGGUUGAUAAUGUGAAUGAUGUCAUGGAAGGUUUAAUUUCAACCGGGAAUGUUGACGGAUAUGAAUGGUAUGACAUUAAAGAGACUUUACCAUUUAAAUUUUCAACUGAUAAUGUUAAAUCCACGUUAGCUUAUAGACCAUUACCUCAAGAUAAAUAUCCAAAUUCUUAUGAAAUUACCGGUUUUACUUCAUUUGGUAAAGGUUGUGGUUUAAAGACAUUUGAAAUUACACUUUCAGAUUUUAAAAGAAGAUUUAACAAUUGUAAAAAAUUAAUUAUUAAAGUUAUUGUUGAACAUGAAUUAGUAUCAUAUUAUGAAAAAAAAUUAGGAUUUGUGGAAUUAGAUAGAGUUCUUCAAAAGAAGAGUGAAUUACAAAGUUCUGGAUUUGAAGAAUCAUUUAUGGUCUCUAGAGAUUUUCAUGUAUCAAGUAUGGUACGAACCAUUUAA